AUCGAGCAUUCUCCUCUCUCUCUCUCUCUCUCUCUCUCUCUCUCUCUCUCUCUGUGUAGCGGAAACGGCUUGAAAGAUGGCUCCAAGAGACAGGUCUAACAGCGCUAGCAGCAGCCCCACCCCUAACUCCACCGUCAAGGAGAUCCGUUACAGAGGCGUUAGGAAGCGGCCGUGGGGUCGUUACGCCGCCGAGAUCCGUGACCCCGGCAAGAAAACCCGGGUCUGGCUCGGCACUUUCGACACUGCUGAAGAGGCCGCGCGUGCUUACGAUGCUGCUGCUCGUGAGUUCCGCGGCUCCAAAGCCAAGACUAAUUUUCCUUCAGUUUCCGAGCUUAACAAUGCUGCCGCCUCCUCCGCCGCUCCUAUUGUGACCGUCGCACGCAGCCCAAGCCAGAGCAGUACCGUAGAGUCCUCCUCUCCUUCACCUCCACGAGCUGCUUCUCCCCCACCGCCUCUGGAUCUUACUCUCAACGUUCCCAGCCAUCACUGCCACAGCCAUUUCCCCAACGGUGUUAGCUUCCCUGGGAGCGCAUGGAUUUCACUCGCGGCGGUUGGUAGCCCAGUUUUCUUUUUCGAUGCCCUUGCUCACGGGGAGAAUAAAAAUCAUACUAACGCUAACACGUGCAGAUUUGAUCGGACGGCGGGGAUGAUGAACGGUGGGGUUCAGAGUGAUUCAGAUUCUUCAUCUGUUGUUGAUUAUGACCAUGAUCGUAGCCCUUGUAAGAAGGGAUUAUUACUUGAUCUGGAUCUUAACCUCCCCCCGGCAGAAGUUGCCUGAUUAUAAGAUCUGGUUUUUGGGAAUUUGUUUUGGGCUUCGGCGUUGGUCCCCCCUUUUUUGUUGUCUUUAAGCUCAAUUUCCAGUCGAGACCGGAGGAAAACUGACGUAUCUUUUUUAUUAUGUAUGUAAAGAGAGAUAACCCAAGCAAAAGCUUAUGUGUUUUUUUAGCAACUGAGAAAUCAUGAAUUUCUCGAAUGUUGUUUCUACUGUUUUUAUUGUUAGUGUUAAAUUCAUUAAUACAUAAAUUUUCAUCUUUAAAUCAA